AAUAUCUAUCAGCGCCGUUGGAGACGGGCGCAACGGAUUCUGUUUCCACGGGUCCGACAGAAAGGAGCUCCUCGUUCUCCUCGAUCCAUGCAUAAGUCACCACUUUGUGGCCGUUGAUAACGGAAUUGACGGCUGAUAUCGAAAACACGGCAUCACCACGGGUUUCCCUCGAGUACCUCCCGCUCCAUUGUCCUCCCUUCCAAACUUCCACCAACACCGUGGCCUCUCCUCCAAGUCUCAUGGAUUUAUAAGUCCAAGCUUUCCCGAGAUCCUUAUCCUUAAACUUCAAGGCUGCUCGAGAAAGAGACGCUUCAAGCUUGCACCGUCAGAUUGGAAGAAGGCUCCUCAACAAUGUUGAGCUUAUAAAAGGAUCGGAUCCGUUUGCAUCGCUUCGUCUUCUUUAAUUCUCUUUAUGCAGCCACAGCCUCACGACCCAUCCUUCAUCGAUCUUAAUCAGCUGACAGACUUGGGCAGAAAGAAGAGAUGCACAUAAGGUUAAAUCUCUUUCGAGACUGCAAACACCAAGUCCAAAUAGGAAAACGUGAAGCGGUGGCACCGAUCUCGUCUUCAAGCUUCAACCUGUGCGAGGAGUACACCAACGCCUUCCGCACCGAGUCAUACCAUGAAUUCUGGGCUCAGGUUCUGGAUCUCACCUUAGACCAUGGUGCCGCCCUCAAGCCCAGAGGAAGUAGCGCUGCUGCCCGUCUCCCUUCUUGUCACCUCCUGGCGGAGCAUCUCCUCGACCCGGACCAGCCCACCGUCACCAAAAUCCUUACCCACCUCGCAAAACGUUGCCACCCUGAGACCCAUGUCCUCAUCUCCGACUAUUACUCCGAGACCGCCGGCGCCUCGCUCCUCUGCGGCCUUCUCCUGAAGGACAUCGAUCGGAUUCGACGUCGGUACCGCCCUCUCAAAGCCACCCUUCGUUCCCUCGUCUCCGACAGCCGGUCACGUAACGGCCUCCAGGCUAUAGGCGACUUCGUCGCAGAUGUCUCCAAGACCACCAACUCCUUCGAUUCAGUAGCUUCAUCUCGACGCAAAUUCCGGGCAGUUCAAGAGGGCUCUGCAGACCUACUCAAAAGGCUCGAGUCAGGCUGCAAGAAGAUGAGGGCAAAGCUUCGGUUCAUCAACCGCCUCAAGCGAACCUUGGCCAUAUCGGCGAUCGUCCUCGCGGCUUCGACGGUCAUCAUCGGUGCUUGUGUACCGAUGCACGCUUUGGUAACCUUGAUGACACUACCGCCGUUCCUGUCGUCUUCGUCUCGGUUGGCCUCGGCGAGAAGGCUGGAUAGGGUGAUCGCUCAGCUAGAUGCAGCGGCCAAAGGGACGUACAUCUUGAACCGGGACCUGGACACCAUUAGCCGGCUCGUGGCACGGUUGCACGACGAGGCCGAGCACACGCUCACCCUGUUAAGGCUCUGCGAGCGGCACGGCGGCCACCGGCGGCGGUUGACGCAGGAGGUCGCGCGGCAGAUAACCAAGAACCUCGCAAGCUUCCACCAACAGCUGGAUGAACUGGAGGAGCACCUGUACCUCUGCUUCAUGACCAUCAACAGGACUAGAAGAUUAGUCCUGGAAGAGCUUCUGGUGGCUGGCAGUGGCAGAGUCUAACGCGACGCCAUCAAGUUGCGGUUUUCCAGUC